AGAGAGGAGAGAGAGAGAGGAGAGAGUGAGAGAGGGGAGAGAGAAGAAGAGAAAGAAGAAAGAAAGAAAGAAAAAGAAGAAGAAAGAAGCAGAGAGAAAGAAAGAAGAAAGAAAGAAAGAAAGAAGAAAGAAGUGGCAACAGGUGGCACAAGGCAAGCAUCGAAUCGGGCACGGUUAAUGCACACCUCGGGAGCAGAAUCGAUGCCCCCAUUAAAGACAUGA